UCUGGCUAGACCCGUCUUCUGUUAGUGGCCCGCUCCGGGAGCCGGGAAAACAUUUCCCCACCGCAACAGUAAAGCUGGGUGCUGGACUCCCUCCAGCCCUGCCACACGAUCAGCUGGAGCUGCGGGGCACAUGAUGUACACGAUUACCAGGGGACCUAGCAAACUAGCCACCCAGAGAAGGACAGGUCCCACGCAGCAGGUGGAGAGCAAGGCGGCGGAUCUGAAAGGCCGGCAGCCGCCGCACAGCGCCUGGCCUCUGUCAAGUAGCCCAACUCCCAAACUCGUGUUCAACAGAGUGAAUGGCAAGAGGCCCCUGGUGACGACACAGCCCACGGCAGCCACGGAGGAGAGCUACACGCUGGCCCACGAGGAGAAUGUCCGCUUUGUCUAUGAAACCUGGCAGCAGGUAGAACAGCAGCUCGAUGGCAGCCGGCCAGGGGAGAGCCGGCAUGGCCCGGUGCAAUACGCAGAGAAAACUCCUAACCCCGUGUUGACAAAUUUUGUGCCGAUUGACCUGGAGGAGUGGUGGGCGCAGCAGUUUCUAGCCAAAAUUGAAAACGGCUCAUAAAAAAACCCAACCAAAAAUACAGUGUAAAAAAUAUUAAGUUAAAGAAAUACACUUGUUAAACUAAUCCCAGCCCAAGUGACGCCACUGGAACUGGACCACGGCUCCGCCACGCCACCCACAGCCCUCGGCCCGGCCAGGGGAGGAGAGCAGCCCACUGCCCCGGCUUGGAUUCCUUAAGUGCCAGUGUUUAGACACUUGAAACUCCUGCAGCCUCUGGGGCCUGGCGACACAGCUGCAGCGUGGGGGGGG